UUGUUAUUGACACAGAAAACUGUUGUUCCUAAGACUUUUUAAAGGUAGUCUAAAGUACGUCUGAUUCAGGCUUCUUGAUUUAUCUGUAUUUUGUGUAGAAAAAAAUUAUUAAUUCUUUCACCAACAGAUGAAUGUAAUUAUCUUGUGCUUACUCGCUGUGGUCCUUGCGAGAAAUACCAAUGGAGGCUUGCCCCCGCCUGAGAGGUCAUACAAGAUUCUCAUGCUUCUUCCUGCAGCUUCCAAGAGUCAUAAAAAUGUGUUUAUGGCUUUCUCAGAGGCACUAGCCGACCGUGGACACAAGCUAUUUCAUUCACAGGUAGUGAUACUCAGCGGUCUGCCUCAAUCUUCAAAGCACUCAAACAUCUUGGAGAUCAAUCAUGAAAUGCCAUACAUGGGUGAUUCAUCCAAGAGUGUAUUUGAAAAAGGAAAGUCUGCUACAGGUGGCUUGGGAACAUUUGCAAUCACAUUACCCGCCAUGGCACGACAAAUGUACAAGAUACCAUCAGUCAAGCAGUUAUAUGAAAAAAGAAAAGAAUUCGAUCUCAUUAUUGUCAACCACAUGUUCAAUGAGAUCGCAUACCCGUUCGUGCAUGAGCUUCCAUUCAUCACUGUUGCCACUCCAGGAAUGGACCCUCGCCAGAGUGCCGUAUUAGGCAAUAUCCUCAACCCUUCUUACGUCCCUAACUUACUCGGCAGUUACCCACAUCCCUUGUCAUUGUUGCAGCGUAUCAAGAACACUUUCAUGCAUAUCGUGAUUCCCUUCUUUUGGAGACACUGGGCUGUCGUACCGCUGAUUCAGAAAGAGAUAUCUGCUCAGUUCCCUGACCUGCCGCCGCUUCUAGAUAUCGAGAGAAACCAGAGUCUUACGUUAAUAAACACUCACUUCAGUAUCACCACACCUGUGCCACUUCUGCCCUCACAAGUGGAAGUGGGAGGCAUGCAUUGUCGCCCUGCGAAGCCUCUGCCACAGGACCUCGAAUCGUGGCUUGCCGGUGCUGGCUCCGAGGGCGUCAUCUACUUCAGUCUGGGAUCAGUUGCGCGUGGUGAGUCCAUGCCAUCAGAGUAUCGUCAAAUUUUUCUGGAGGCUUUCCGCAGACUACCACAGCGGAUCUUGUGGAAGUACGAGGGAGAGCUUGAGGACGUGCCUGACAACGUUCGGAUUACCAGCUGGCUCCCGCAGCAGGACAUUCUCGGUCAUAACAACGUGAAGGUUUUCAUCUCCCACGGUGGCCUCCUCAGCCUUCAAGAGUCCAUUUAUCACGCCAAGCCUCUCCUCGUCCUCCCUAUCUUUGGUGACCAGCCCAGGAACGGCAUGUUCGUGGAGGACUCUGGUCUUGGCCAUAUGUUAGUGUGGGCAGAACUUACUGCUGAUAGGGUCGUGGACACCCUUUCUGACAUCAUCAGCAACCCGAAGCACAAAGGAAACGUGGCCAGGAUGUCGGCGUCCUUGAGGGAUCAGGUAACAACACCACAGGAGCGUGCAUUGUUCUGGACAGAGUACGUAAUCCGCCACCAUGGGGCACCCCACCUGAGGUGCCCAGCCGCCCAGCUCUCCUGGGUGGAGUUCCUGAUGUUGGAUGUGCUGGCUUUCCUCCUGCUGGCGCUGCUGCUGUUGUUGCUUCUUAUCCACCUACUGAAGACAAUUUCCACCGCUCUCUUUAGUAGCAGCGCUAAGAAUAAGAAAGAUUAAAGUGUUGAGAAAAUCGUGCUUUAUUUUUAUUUGUUUAUAUUAGCAUCAUGAAAAGUUUAAAAUAAAUUCAGUGGGUAAAAGUGCUCUUAUAUCCGCUGCUCCAAAAAAUAAAUAAAUAAAAAGGAGCAGAAAAACGGACAACGGAGCUUCAAAAUCACAGUCCUCUCUUCAGCUCGCCCUCUUUUUCCUCAUUCUCCGUUCAUACAGUCUACUCCUUUAAUCACACUUCUUUUUUCUCAUUGUCCGCUUCCGCCUCUUCCCGCGAUCCCUCUCUCCACUUAAGGUGAUGAUGUUGAAGAGAAAGUAGAAGAAGAGGAGGAAGAAUAUGAAAUAAAAAAAAUAAUAACCUG